AGGCAUUUUGUAAACAGCUGGGUUACGUUUAUUUACGUGGACGUGCAUCACUGCAUCGUGCAUACGUGUGGAUUUUGCUGAAACGGACACACUCACAAACGUGAAACGUUAUUCAGAGCUAGUUCUUCAGACGUAGUUAAAAUCCGUAGUUGUAUUAUGGGUGACGUCGAUGAAAAAGAAUUGAAAGCUGGGCAUCCGCCUGCAGUGAAGGCCGGUGGUAUGCGUAUCAAGCAAACUGGCAAGCAGCCUCAUGAGAAGCCGCAAGAAAUGACACCAGAGGAGGAGGAAGAGUAUGGCCCUGCAACCAGUCCACCCAAGCCGGAUGUGCAGAUGUUGAUCUCUGGAGCGCCCUCUAGAGGCAACAAGGAUUUUCCGCCUGAGGCUGUGCGUGCAUUCCACAACAAGCCCAUGCCUGCGCACCAGAAGAGCCCUCAAGUCAAGCAGAUGCACAACGUACAACAGCCCAGGAAAUAGAUAUCACCUUGACUUGUUUCAUCAUCUGUAAGGUUGAGGAGAGGUGAAGAAAAAAAAAAGGGAAGGGGUGGGGAGAAGGCAAGGGGUGGGGGUGGGUAAUGGAUAAGGGAGGGGCGAAAAGUGGCCAACAUGUUUUCAAACGAAGGAUGAAGGUUCAAAUACAUAUAGUACUCAAUGUGCCUGCAAAUAACAACACAAAGGGCUAUAUGCUGCGUCGCUACAAAAUUGGGAUGUGUGCAUAGAAUAAAAUGAUUCUGUGUAAAGCAAAUUUUGAAAUAUUGCUUGAGCUUAAUAUGGGUUCCAUGCACAAACAAGAGAGGGCACUGUUUGAUUACUUUUGGUGCCCAGUGGAUAGUAUACCGGAUUCAUACCGGAAGUACGCUCCACUUGGUUUAUUCUGAAUGUAUACAAAGCCAUAUAAUUGCAUAAGCGUUGGGCAUCAUUGGCAUUGCAUUCAAAUAUCUCUCCCAGUGGUCUACCCCAGCUUUCCCUUUCUUACCGUUGAGGGGGUACUUGUGCAUGGAGCUCAUAAGCAAAUGACGGCAGCUGAAUUUUACCGAGAUUGUGCAGAACAUAAACAAAAGUAAGUUUCAGCUUUUUGUCGGACAAAAGUGAUCACGUAUUUUGACUUGCAAUCAGAGACAAAUUUCAUGCAGAUGCUAAGCACAGAAGCUGCUUUGCAGAAUGUUUAGCAAAUAAAUAUGAUGAGCGAUCUUUUCUGCUCAGAAGGAUCAUAAAAAUGGGGCCUUUCUUGCUAAAUUUACUAUUGAUCUCACAUUAUACUGGUGAAGUCACUUAAGUGAAAAUGAUUUCCCCAAUACUGCCAAGAUGUCACUAGCCAAGAUCAGUGAUGUCACAUUCAAAGAAAAUCUUCAGAUUGGUUUCAAGUUGAAAAGAAAACAAAUUACUGAAAUGAAAAUUGUUCACGUGUAGUCGGGGGACAGAGGGAAAACAUUUAUUAGUCCCAAAAGUUUUUUCUUAAAAAAAAUGUUUGAGACAGAGUGGUGUUGAUGUUCAUUCCUUCAUUUUUUCUCUUCGUUGAUGAGGCAAAGACAAAGUUUAUGCUUCAGAACUUUUGAAGCUGGAUGGUAUUAGCAAAUGUUGGUUACAUGUGGAAUUGAUGCGCUACAAGAAAAAUGGAGGUGCUUCACAUGUGUCAUUAGUUUUGAGACAUGCAUGUAAAGUCAGUGGUUGUAACUUGAUAUUGUCGUCGGGUGACAUUGCAAUCAGCAAAGUGUUUAUUUGUCAAAGGUACAUUGAUGUGAUCAUGUUUGUAAUUAAGAUGUCACAUGUUGGAAAGAAGUCUGUGUUCUUACAAAGAUUUAUGCAGCAAAAUGGAUUAAAAAUCCUCAUUUAUCAUUGUCUUAUAAAACAAAUAUAUUUCAAGUGAAACUUUUGUUCUGGCAGAAUAUCUUAUUUUUUAUUGUUCUUCAUUUGCAUUGCUUCUUGAUAUUGAAAACCAGAUUUUAAUCUUGUUUGGCUUCAUUAAAAAUCUAAGAAACAAUGAAAGAAAAAUAUUGGUUACAAUAAAAGUUGAAAAAUGAUGAGUUAUCGCCAAAUUAUCAGUAGGAGUGAUGUUUAAAUAAAACAAUCAAAGAAUCAUGUGUGAUAACAA